AUGACUUCGAUUAUCUUCGUGAUUCUUGCGAUCUUUGCGGUUAGUUCGGCACAUCCAAUGGAGAAGCGACAGGAUGAUGUGACAUUUGGCGACGACCUAAACACUUGGGCUGCUCAUUCCGAUAACACGACCACCCUGGAUGAUACUACCAAUCUGCUGGGAUUAAGUGACACUGGCUCAAUGGCUUGUCCAGUCGUUUUUACCACGAAUCAAGCAAGUAAUAACACAAACGUGUGGGCACCACAAACCGACGUGUGGACCUUAUAUGGCAAAUAUGUUGUGUGUAACCAGGAUAAGGUCAACUUCUACGCCCAGCGGACAGAUCAAGAUGGAUGGUAUGUCUUACUAUGGAGUGCAAUGGUAGAUGCAGCUCUGGAGAAUAUCCCGGUGACUCUAAGAACCAUCGGCCCUGCCUUGGGCUAA